GGAAAGACGAAAAAAACAUCCUCGACGCCGACAACCAUUUACGCCAAACCGAACGAAGUCUUCCCUCUCAGAACCACGAGAGACUUUCGCCAAAAUGCCUACCGACGCCGGACACAGACUCUAUGUUAAGGGACGCCAUUUGAGCUACCAACGCGGCAAGCGCAACACCACCCCAGGCACCAGCUUGAUCCAAAUCGAGGGUGUCAACAACACCGAGGCUGCCAACUUCUACUGCGGAAAGAAGGUUGCUUUCGUUUACCGUGCAUCAAAGGAGGUUAGAGGAUCAAAGAUUAGAGUUAUCUGGGGAAAGAUCGCUAGACCACACGGAAACUCCGGUGUCGUACGUGCUAGAUUCAGACAAAACCUCCCACCUAAGUCAUUUGGCGCAUCCGUUCGCAUCAUGUUGUACCCAUCAUCGGUCUAAAUGGUUGAUUUGGAGUUGUUAGCAUGGACUGGGAGGAUGGUUGAUGAUAUGUCAUAUUUGGGCACUCGAAGAGGGCGGCAAUAAUGAGCACAGCCUUGCGGGUAGUAUACCAAUUAAGCAAUUCAACACCAAAUGGCCGCAUGGGUAAAUGAUUAAAAAGUGCAUAUGGGAUCGUCGUGGAAAUCUUCACUAGACGUAGACAGGAGUUAUCGAUCAAAGGUUUCACAAUUACAUCCAGAACGCCAUGGAAAGAUGUGCUCCUGAAUCUUUUGGUCUUACCCAUGUCAAUUAUGCUUUCACAACGAAAAUCGAAGUUUGGUACAAUGGUUUGCACGUUUUACUGGUUUCUGGGAACACACAUUUCGAUUUUGAGACUCUAGGCAAAGUAGUGCUCUUGAUAACAGUGAUUUUUGACAGUCCUGCCAUGUAAAUGGAAAAUGACUUGGGUACGCACUCUAGAGAUGGAAAUUGACGUCAAGAUGGAAUACUGAAAUAUCAUACCGGUACUUGACCGGGACCCCAAAUCUACGGACUCCGCACCCCCA